UUCGAGACUAAUCCCUCCUGAGGCGAUAACACUGAUGGAAUGGCAAAGAUGGGAGUCAUUGUGUUGUUUCUGCUGAAGGGUCUUGGUUUGAAACAUCGACUGUAUUUUUUCCUGUAGAUGCUACCUGACCUGCUGAGUUGCUCCAGCAGUUUGUGUGUGUUGCUUGGAUUUCCAGCAUCUGCAGAUUUCCUCUUGUUUGCCAAUGAGUACUUAAUGGGUUGACUGGCUCCAUUUUGUAUUGUGAUAAGUAACUUAGAGAGGCUGGGUUGGAUGAGGAAGCCCCUCAAUUAUCGUAGUGGUGUACCACCUGAGGGAGCCACAUUAGUGGCAACAGUCCUGUUGGUUCUAAGGAAUGUAAUAGAACACUACAUAGUGCAUUGACUAGGAAUGUAUGGACAAAAUGUUCCUAAUGUAGGGAUGUUAAAUAAAAGUAAAUGUGCAAAGAAGGUUUUAAGAAACCAGCUCAUACUGCUUACCUUUACAAUUUCAUUAUUUCUCUGGUGUGGGCAACAUUACCAGAAAACUGGGGUUGCAUUUAUCUCAACCUUGUUUUGUAUCCAGAUUCAACUAAAAGCUAUUCCUACGGUUUGUAAAUAGUAUAAUAGUGAUAUAUCACACAUUUCUAAAGUGAAUUUUUUGAUUUCAAAGUAAAACUUCCUUAUAGAAGCACGGAAUCUGAAAUUAAAAAAAAAAUUUAAAAAGGAAAUUUUCAUUGGGUCACUUGAAUGGGAUCUGAUGCCUGAUCUGAGUGCUUCCAUCAUUUUUGUCUACCCUUUGGAAUUUUUGAAUUGACCAUUAUCCUGCCAAGGAGGAUGAUAAUUAAUAUUUGCAGUAUGAACUAUUUCCUACUUUAAAUUAAAGAAACAUUCAUCGAGAUCCUCAGUUUACAAUGUCUUACAUAAUUUGUCAUAAUCAAGAACAACAUAUGAUCAAAGCGGACGGGAAUGCUUAUAAUACGUUGGACAAAAAUGAACAUUUAAGUAUUUCACCAUCAGCAAAGCCAAACUCACAUAAGCGACAUUGCAAUGAUAGAAACACCAGGCAGAUCUGGAAGAGUCAGUGUUAAAAGCUAUAUACAGUAAUUACAGCUGCGAAUGAGAAGAGGAUAAGAAAAUUUCAGAUCCGUGAUGUUAUUCUUUUUUAAACAAAGCAUACAGACGCUUGCAUUCAUCCCACCAGGAAAACAUGAAGAGUUUUACACCUUCGCAGCUUGCAGCCCUCAGUCAGUCAAAGGUCAACGUCGUAAAAAGUUAAUAAAGGCGGAGAGCGUGCGGUAUUUACGACAGCGGUUGACGUUCCCGGGGGCAGUGAGGUCGCGCGGUCCAUUUCUUUUACGGCAGUGCCUGGGUCGAGAGUGGAAACGGCCUCGAGUGACGGGCUGCGGGUCGGUGCCGCUUGCGCUGAGAGUUUCUCUCGGGUUUCAGUUUCUUUCUCACCUCCCCGCCCCUUAUUUCUUUUUUAUUUCCUGUAAUAGUGCCGGUGUUGGGCUUCACCUGACAAACCCGGCUUGGCCUGCUCCGGUCCACCACCUCGGGAUGUUCGAGUACAACAAGUAGCAAGUUUCUUCCCCCAUCCUCCCCGCCCCACCAACCCCUCACCCGCGGUGGGAUCCGCCUUUCCCCCCUUCUGGCUCAUUCGCCCACAUGCUGUCGCUGCAUUUCUUCACUCUUUAGGAUGUCGGACCUGCCAGCUGGGCCCAGCGUGCUUUCCCCACCCCUCACUGAAAUUUCGGCCUUUCCCGCUGCUCUCAAUCACUCCGCAGGCUACGGCCAGCUGUCCGAGCCACAGCAGAGAGAGAACAGCGAGAAGCAAGAGGCUACCUUACACGGUUCGGGGCAGGAAUGUGUCGACGAAGUUGGGCCGAAACCGGCAAAUAGUGUUCUAGCCUUCUCGGAGACUACCCGAGCGAAGAAGGGUGUGCUGCACCUUCAUCAUCAUCAUCAGCAACAGCGAGUACUGAACGGCUGCGUUAUUCUCAACCCGGAGCUCCAGUACAAAGCGGAUCGCACAGCCCGGGUCUCCAAUGCAGAGGCCGGCGCCGAGUUGAACGCGGGACUGUCACUGUCCCAAAGUGGCAGAAGGAAACCUGACGCCAGCAAUUGUGGGAAUCCCGAAGUGAACCAUGCGAAUCAAAGGACUGCCGAGGCGGCUGAGGCCGACACUCAAAUGCCCAGGGAUGGACCUGAUCGGAUUGGUGUCAGGCCGGAUGACGGGGAUCAGUCGUGCCUGAUCGCCUCGGUAGCCGGUUGUAGUUUGCAUGCCCAGCAGGAGCCCGACACAAACGAAAGGAUACGUUACGUUGGCUAUGAGUCAGAGUUGCAAAUGCCGGAUAUAAUGAGGUUGAUCACGAAGGAUUUGUCUGAACCCUAUUCCAUUUAUACCUAUAGAUAUUUUAUUCACAACUGGCCACAGCUUUGUUUUCUGGCUAUGGUUGGAAAUGAGUGUGUGGGUGCCAUUGUCUGCAAGUUGGACAUGCACAAGAAGAUGUUCAGGAGAGGAUACAUAGCUAUGUUAGCAGUGGAUUCCAAGUAUAGAAGAAAAUGUAUCGGCACAAAUCUAGUGAAGAAAGCAAUUUAUGCUAUGGUAGAAGGUGACUGUGAUGAGGUUGUUCUGGAAACUGAGAUUACAAAUAAAUCUGCUCUGAAACUCUAUGAAAAUCUUGGAUUUGUGAGAGACAAAAGGCUGUUCAGAUAUUACUUAAAUGGAGUUGAUGCAUUGCGUCUUAAACUGUGGCUACGUUAAAGAAAUUAAAAGGACAAGUUCAAAUGAGUCCUUUUGGCAUGCACUGCAAUUUUUUAUGAAUUGCUUUGCAAUAGGGCUCUUGAUUUCAAUGCAGCUCUUAUCUGUCUGUGUCUCCAUUGAGUGUCACAUACAUUUGUUGCACUAUGGCAUGGCGCAUUUGUGCUAAAUUUAAAAAAGGAUUUUUUUUCUCAAAAUUGUCAAAAUAUUCAUGGAUGAACUGUGAUACCAGAAAGAUGAAACAUUUUUGAAAUGCAUCACUUUAGUGAAUGUGAGAAACGAUAUAAUGUUGCCUGUCUUUUGCAGCAGACAGCAUCUCAAAUGACUUAUUGGUGGAAAAUGUUUUGUGGCUUCCAGAGAGCUUGUAUGUUGAUAUUUCUCCAUGGAUUUACACCAACAUUUCAUUCAGAAAUUUGCCAGAUUAAAUAUUGAACUCCUCAAAAGGGUGUUAAUUCUGUUUUUCAGAUUUUAUUUUUCAUAUUUAAAUUUUCCAUGUAAUAAUUCUUGGUACCUCAGUGAUUACUGAAUGAAGAAAGCACAUAUUAGGAGUCGUGUGUAUGUGUGUGAGCAUAACAACAAAAUAACAUUACGUCUGCCAGUGCCUGUAUAGAUGUGCAUUUAAGUCUCAUUUCAAGUUUGAGUGCAUGCUUUUUUGUUUCCAGACAAUCUUGCAGCAGGGUUUGUGAUUUUAUUUGAACAAUGAUUUUGGUGGUGAGUGACUCUGCUUUUUCCAUGAUUAUGAUUCUUCCCCUCCACCCCCCAAACAAAAAAUGCUAUUAUUGCUUUGGGAACUAUCUGGUAAUUUAAGUGAAAGAUUUUUUUAUUUUUUAAAAAAUUGUCAAAUAGUUGAUAUACCAUCCCCUUGCACGCCACAAUAUUUUGCUGGUUCUUUAUAAUGCACUUUUCUUGGUUUAAAUAGAAUUUUAAAUAGCAGAUUGUAUGUUUGAACGAUUUUAACCAAGAAUUGAUUCGGAAUCUUGAAAGCCAUGAAAGAGUGGAUUUUUUAAGUUAUUGGGACACAUUUUAUUGUCCAUAUUAGUAUGCAAGCAGGUCAUCUGCAGGAUCCCCACCUACUACCUACAUAACAUGGCCAUUUCUAAAGGACAUAAUUUGAAGUGCAUUUUACCAAAUUUAUUUCAACGUCUGUAAUCCUCCUGCAGCAGAGCUUUCCUUUUCGAGCUAAUUAUUUUCACUCUUGAAUAUAUGAGCUACUUGGAUCUUUACUAUUUUGCAUUUCAAGAUAAAUAACACAAUCUGCCUUAUUUUUUUUUUCGGAAGGGUAGAUGGCCACUGAACAAUGGAUUUGAUGCAUUAAUAAGUUUACAGUUACUGAACAUCAGAUGAGUUUUGAGCAGAGCAUACUUUAUAGAUGGAUCCUUGGACUUAUGGACUUGCAUAAACCAACUUGAUUUCAUUGCCACACAGUUUUACUGGAGUUGAGGAUAGUGUAUGAGAUUGAACAACUGUUCAAUGUCACUGAUUUAAUUCUGUGUUGAAUUAUUGAACUUCUGUUUCGUCAGUAAAUGUUACUGAACUCACUAGUAUCUCUGCUACUCUCCAAAGAGCAGGAAUAAAUCUACAGAAAGGGGUUAAACGGAAAUUGCAAUGUUUGUAAGAUACUCUGUAAGAUACAGUAAAUAAAGUGAAAAGUGGUUUUAAGGUCUGAUAUUUUGUGGUUUAAAAAUGUAUAGGAUAUUUAAUCAAUAAUUUAAUGUUGCCACAGUAAUUUCACAAAAAUAAGUUCUGGAAAUUUUCUUUAUUUCAUGGACAUUUUCAGAGGUGAUCUUAAAAUUCAAGGUCCUAGAUAAAGAAAUAAGCAUCACUUCAAUAAAAUUUCCUCUUGGGAAUGUGGCAUUUUCCAGAUGUACUCAGCAAAUACAUUUCUAAAACUUUUGGCUGAUAGCUUUUUAUACAGAUGAAAUUCUGUUGAUUACAAAGCUUCUCAGUAUUUAAGAAUCUGUUUAUGAAUUGUUGAAUGAUAUAAAAUCCCUCUUUUGAUGAUUGCCUCCACCAUGUGGAACUAAUUCAAUUGACCAUAUCUGAAAACCCUGUGAAGGUGUUGCAUACUCAAAUCAUUUUCAUUUUAUCAACGUGUAUUUUCAGUGCCUGAAGGAAUGAAACUUACGAACUGAGAUGUUCAAAGUCAAACUAAAAUGUUGAAUUAGAUGGCUCCAAUUCUAUUUGUAUAAAGAGAGUUUUUAAAACUCUUAUUGUGCCAGAAUGCAAUUUGUAGUAAUUAGGGAUGUUAAGAAAUGGCAUCAAUGUCUGAGGAAUGUUAAGAUCUUGUUUGUUUCUAAGGGUACAUAUGUUAUUUUUGUUUUCUGCAAUUUGAAGUAAGAAGAAUACAAACCAAAUCUGAUUUAAUCUAACUAAAAAAAAACAAAGCUAAGGCUUAAUUGAUUUGCCACUAAAAAUAAUUCCAUAGAAAGCAAGAUCCCUGAUAUGCACUUUUCUAGAAACUACCACAUGAUUUCCAAUAAACACCCCCAGAUAAGCCUACCUGUGUAACUAGAACCUAAAAUGAAACUUGAGUCAAUUAUCUUAAAAUAUUCAGCCAUUUUGUAGCUAUUGCAACAGUGAAAUCGCUAAUUCUGUUUCAUCUUCUGCAAAGUUGCAUCUGUUGACAUAGGUCUGCAUCAUUAAACUAAUGGUAACUCUGAAGUUAAUAUGUAUUUAUCAACCAAGUACCAAAUUUUAGCUGCACAAUUAGGGCUUCAUUGUAGCCGAAACAGUUUGCAAAUUAAAGGUCGCACAUUUUAUAGUAAAUCUGCAGUUCUCCAAGUUUCUCAAUACAUUAACUGCAGCUGUAAAAUGUUAGGGUAUGCUCAUUUUAUCAGUAAUGUUGUGAAUUGCAUUCUAUUUGUUUAGACAUGUAAUAGAUAUAACAUUGAUUCUUAUGCCUGUGGCAAAG